GCGGGUCGGGCUGCACCGGCCUCCGCAUGGAGGCGGCGGAGGAGACGCGGCGGCGCAAGCUGGAGGCCGGCAGGGCCAAGUUUGCUUACUUCAGACAGCGAAAAGCAAAGAGCGACGUCGCGCAGCCGCAGAAAAAGGCGGCGCAGAGGAAGGGCUCGGCUGUCCACGCGCAUGACCUUCCGGAGGAAGAGCACCCAGUAGCAGCCAGAGGUGUUGGUAAGGGCGUAGAGAGUAAGGCUGAAGACACCAACCUACUAGAGGCAACAACAGAGGGGAAUGCUGAUUUGUCCAACUGGGAUGUACUGAAUGAUCAUGCAACUGAAAAAGACAGGAUAAAUUCUGCUGCAGAAUACAGUGAGGCUGAUGCAAAGAUGUGUCAGGCAAGGAUAGCUGAGCUGGAGAACAGACUUCUGGAGAAACAGGAGGCAGUGGAAAAACUCACUGCACAGAUGGAUGAACUGCAGGACCAACUCACACAGCACAACGACUCUAUGCAGCUUCAGGAAACUACUGUUCAAGAGCAGAAUGAAAUCAUCAGGAAGCUCACGAGCCGCCUGCAACAGGCCAAGGAAGAGCGGGAUGACCUGCAGGAAGAGGCCUCACGUGUUGCUGGUCAGGUCCACGAUUUACAGCUUCAGUUGCAUCAGGUUAACCAGAUGCUGAGGAGUAAAAGUCUCCGGAAAAACGAAGGAUUAGAAGCCCAACAGCAAAUGUCCUUGUUCCAGGAUCGUCUCAGAGAGCAAAAUGCCCACUUGGAGAUGCUGCGCCAGAAAGCACAUGACCUGGAAGUGCAGUUGGAGUCUUCUCAAAAGAAUACCAAAGAUAAAGAAAAUCUCCUUGCCCAAAUGGAAGAGGAUAUGAAAGGUACAAUGCAAGAGCUUUACAAAAGCAUAGACGAAAAAGAGCAACGUAUUAAAAGCCUUCAGGAUCUGCUGGCAACAGAAAGAUUUGGCUUGUCUGUACUACAACAAACACUUUCUCUCCGGGACUCAGAAAUAACAGAGUUAAAGAAUGAAAUAGCUUUAUCCAAAGUGAAAGAACAGCAACAUAUUGAAGAACUGAAAACCAUUCAUGAGAAGGAUAUUUGCAGACAGUUGGGUAACUUGAGGAAUGAGCUGGAGAAGUGCUACAGAAGAGAGAUUGCAGUAGCCAAGCAGGCAUAUGAAGAAGAAAUUAUUUUAAAAUACAAGAAUGAACUUGAACAGUUAAAAAAAGAACUCUGUGCUUUGAAUUCUGAAGAACACAUUCAGAAUUUGAAUGGCAUAAUAAUUGACUUAAAUAUUAGUCUUCAGGAGUCUGAAAUUAAUAACGAAAAUUUGAGGAAGAGACUUGAAAACCAAAAGGAGGACUUUCAGAGAGAGAAAUCUGAAAUUGAGACUAAAUACAGGGAUUUAAUUGAUGGCCUUAAGUGUCAACUUUCUGAUGCAGAGGAGCAGGCUAAGGAAGCCCAACGAUAUAAACAAGAAAAACAGUCCUUGAAUGAAGAGAUUCAGAAACUGAAUUCUUUCAUCCAGGAAUUAAAUGAAAAGCGACUUUAUGAGGCUGAAAAAAGUAUAGAUGUAAGGCAAAAGCAUGAUGGAGAGAUUGUCUGCAAUAAAAAGCUAAUGAAAUUGAGGGAAAACCCAAUUUUAUCAGGGGUGUCAGAGUUGCAGGUAGCAGAGCUUGAGGAGAUGUGGGACAAACCACAGCAGUUAGAAGGUGGAGACGAGCCAGUACACGAAGAACUGGAGUCCCAGUGUGACUCCUCAGGGGAUCAGUUAGAAGAAAUUAAGAAUUCAGAGAUCACGGGGAAUAAUGGAAGUAGCAAAGGAGAUAACCUGUCUGAAGGACACUUGUCAGAACUGGGGCUCUUCAGUGGUGAUGAAGGCAUGUUGGCUAAAUAUCUCAUUUCCACGGGAACACCAGAUGAGUCCUGCGCAUCCAGCACUUCAGAAGGCCGUGCCAUCGAGGAGGGUAGAUGCAGUACCUAUGGGCUAGACAACAGUGUGCUUUUAGAACCCAGCACUGGUUUUAUAUCUCCUCCAUUAAACUCUAGCCUUGAUGAGGGAACAUGUCCUAGUGCCUUGGCUCAAGAGGCUUUUGAAGAGGUGGGAGCAGAGGCAUUUGUUUCGUUUGUGCCAGAUAACCGCCUGCAGGAAAACAAACUAAGAGACCGUGGUGACAUUAAGGACGGUGAGACAGUGUGCUCAGCAGAGAGAUGUGUGAAGCUAAUUGAGCAGCUUCAUCAGACAGAGUCCACCUUGAAGAUAUCUUAUCAGGACACCCAAGAAGCUGUUGGAAAAUGGGAAAAAGCAAUGUCUGAGCUCUCUCAUAUGCAGGCAGAACUGGAGGAAGAACGUGCAGCACGGAUCUGUUGUGAAAAAGAACUUCUGGAAAAAAUGGAGAAGGAGAAAGAACUUGAAAAUAAACUCACGUUUCUGGUAAAGCAGCAGGGUGAGGGUGGAGGCCAGCCUCACUGUGCUGUAGAGUCUCUGGCACAAGUGUCAAAACCCUCUAUCUGGCAAGAAAUGGUGAAAGACCUCCAGGAGGAAAGAGAAAUGUUGAUGGUGCAGCUGCGAGCUCAGGAGCAAUUAGUGAAAGACGUUCAAGAGCAGAAAACAGCUUCUGAUUCUGUGACAAGCGAAGUGCAGUCUCUCUUCGGCCGUCAGUUGGCUGCUUUGCAAAGUCAAAGGGAUCAGAUGCAAAGCCAACUUGAUGCUCAGAAGGCUAAAAACCAGAGAAUAGCAGAGCUGCUCGGUCAGAAAACUGUGUCUGAGGAGACGUUGCUAAAAGAACAGGAGUUGCUCAAAGCUGAAAUCAAUAAUAAAGAACAAAAUUUAGCACUUUUAUUGAAGGAAAAAACAGCCUUAGGAGAAAGAAUAUCUGCCGUGGAGGAGGAUUUGGUGAAAGCAGAAAAAGCACUAGCAGAGAAUCUUGGCAUCAUUGAGGACCUUGAGAAAAACAUACACGAGCUUAAUGCUGAAAUGAAAAACCUCAAAGAAGUACAGGAGUGUGAAAGACUGGGCUAUGAGGACAGGUUAAACCUUUGCAACCAAGAAAUUCAUAAACUUACUGCUGAAAUAAAGGAAAAGAGUACUGAGUACAGUGAGGAAAAGAACCAGUUGACUGAAGAAAUUGCCCGUUUGAAAGAGGCUCAUUUGAAUCUCGAGGCUCGCUUGCAGGAAUCCUUUCAGGCUGCACAAGCUGCCCAGGAGGCUCAAUCCAAGGUGGAGAAACAUUACAAAGAGGAAAUGGAUAAAAUGGCAACUCAGCACCUUGCUGAAUUAACUGAAGUGAGUUUGACACACAAGAGAGAGAUAGAAGAGUUAAAUGCUGAAAUAAAAGAUAAAGUGGAAAAACAGGAGAAGCUGGAAGAAAAAAGAAAGGAAGAGAUUGCUGUAAUAAAAAAGGUACAUGAACGAGAGCACGACCGUGAAAUCUCUGAACUGGCUGCUAAACACGAAGAGGAAAUGGAGAAGCUCCGUGUUGAACUGAAGGAAGAGCAGAGGCACCUGUUGGAUGAACUUCAGCAGCAAAUGGCAGCCACACACAAAGCAGAGCAGGAGCAAGCUCAGCUCCAGUCCCAGACACUGCACAACCUUGAACUGGAAGCUUUACGCCUGACCUUAAACAAUAUGCACACUUCCCAGCUGGAGCUUACGCAGGCAAACCUGAGGAGAGAGAAGGAGACUGCCCUCGUGGAGCUGCGGGAGAUGCUCAACGACAAACGCGCGCAGGAGGUGGCGAUCCUGCAAAACCGCCAUCAGCUGGAGUGGGAGGAGAUCAGAGAACAGUGUCUGAAGGAAAAAGAAGACCUCGAGUCAAAGCAUCAGCAAGAACUAGUUGACCAGAGAAAGAAAAUAGAAUUGGAAAUGGAAGAGACACAUCUCCAGGCAUUAGAGAUCCUCAAAAGAGACUGGGAAUUAGAGUCUGACACACGUUUAAAAAACAUGUGUGAAGAGCUAUGUGAAAAACAUCAGACUGAGAUGAUGGAACUGCAGAAAUCUCUGCAAAUGGAUUUAGAAAAAGUCAGAGCAGAGCUGGGGCUUCUUUCUGUUGAGAAUGAACAGUCUAAAAUAAAAUGUAUAGAACUGGAGAGGCAACACCAGUUAGCCAUUACAAAGUUACAAGAACAGCUGCAGGCUGAGCAUAACCAUGUCCUAGAAGAGAUGAAGAUGAAAAGCCAAGAAAAAGAACAGAACCUUCAGAAGGAGCUGGACCAGCUUCAGGUCAAGCAUGAACAACUCCAGGCUCAGUCACAAGAAGAAAUCCGGCAGCUUUGGUCUCAGCUUGACAGUACCCGAGCGAACCGACAGGAGCUAAGUGAUGGUGAGACCAGAAUGCAGGCCUGUGGUCCAGAGCUAAAAGAGCAGCUCCUGGCUCGUGCAUCACAGGUAAAAGAAAUAGAGCGUUUAAAACAAGAGUUUGAACAGCAGCGUCAGCAAAGAAACAGUGAGCAUGAAGCUCAACUGGAACAACUGAGGCUUUAUUUUGAGGAGAAGUUAAGAGUUGCUGAAGAAAACUACAGAGAAGAAUUGACUUUGUUGCAUCAGAGACUGCAAGAACUGAAGGACUAUUCACUAUCAGAGUUGGAAAUGAGUCAGGAUCAAGCAGGGGACAUCAGUUCUUCUGUCGCAGUUCUUGAAGAUACUACUGACAAAGAGAGAAGGGUUGCACUUGAUCAGCUAAAUCAACAUCAGGAAGAACUUGCCUGUCUGCAGCUACAACUUAAAGAACAACACAGGCAUGAAUUAGAUUCCUUAAGAUCCUCCCUUGCACUUCAGUAUAAAGAGGACCUGAUGAAAAUGAAGAUGGAUCUGUCAGACAAAUGCAUGACAGAAAUUGAGGCAAUGAAGAGAAAACAUAGUUUAGAACUUGAGCAGCUCCGUGCCCAGCUUUCAGAAGAACAUUUUAAAGAGAUCACCAAACUGCGUCUCCAGAGUGCCCAUGAUGCAGCGUGUCAGGUUGAAAUGGAGGUGGCUGAGCGAGUGUCUGUACUGGAGGAGGAGCACAAAGCCAAACUCGCUCUCCUCAGCUCUGAGAAACAGCGUAUUGCAGAGCUUUCAGAGGAAAUAAAGCACUUAAAGGAAGAGAUGGUAAAGCAGAAAGAUCUUUCUGAGCAGAAUGAGAAGCAUCUGAAAGAAGAAAUGGAAAAGGUAAAAUACGAAAUUGCUGAGGAUCACAAGAAUAAAUUAAGAGAAGCCAGAGAAGAAGUCCAGAGAAUAGAGACUAUGUACAAAGAAAAAGAGAAGAAAUGGCAAUGUGAAAGUGAGGCCCAGAGAAUCCAAGCAGAAGAGAAGUUAUCACUGCUGCGCAUCGAGCUGCAAAACAGAGCGGACUCUGAGAAGCAGAGUUUGCAGAAAGAGUUUGAACUUCGUGAAGCUGAAAUGAAUCAACUUCGAGAUCACCAAGCUGCCAAAAUUCUGGAACUGGAGAAGCUGGUAAAGGAGCAGCAAAACAACUUGCAGCAGCUGGAGGACGGCCUUGCGAGCGCGCAGGCUGCGCAGAAAGCUCAGCAGCAGCACGAGGCUGACCUGCAGGCAGCCAAAGCCCUCAUGGCAAAGGAAAUGGAAAAGGCCACGCUGUCUCUGCAGGAAGAAUGUGCUCUGAAACUUAUGGAAGCACAAAACAAGUUUAUGGAGGAACACAAAGCUAUGACUCAGAAAUUCACAACUGAGCAAGAGAUUCUUCUCCAAGAGCUGAAAAAGAAACAUGUGGAUGAGCUGGAACUCCAAAGUCAGCACCUACAGGAGAAGCAUAAGCAGCAAAUUUUGUCUCUGACAGCUGAUUUUCAAACAAAACACCAAGCUGAAAUUGAGACUCUUAAAUCUACACUGGAAAGUAAACAGCAGAUUCAACUUGAAGGUUGUGUUGCUGAACUACAGACAAAGCAUCAGGCCCAAAUUGAUGAGCUGGAGGCCAAGCACUUAUCAAAUCUGGAUUCCUUGGAGUCAUCCUACCUGUCUGAAAUUCAGAAUAUAAGAGAUGAACACAGCCAGGCUUUGGAGAAGCUACAGCUGCAGCACAUGGAACAGCUCCAAGAACAGGAUAAACUGCAUCAAGCACACCUGAUCCAGGAGAUUGAGAUGCUGAAAUUAAAGCAUGCUGAAGAACUUCAGCUUUCUCAGAAUAAUUUGAAAAUUGAGCUAGCUACUGUUCAUAUGGAAAAGCUGAAAGCCAUGGCUGUUGAAGCAGAAGAAGCUCAUAAGGAUGAUUUGAACAUAGCUCUUCAAAAUCAAAGGCAGUUGCUGGAAGAAGAAAAACGUCUGGCUCUGGAUCUGUUGCGUGAGGAAGUCUUGCAUAUGGAGGAAAAGCACAGAAAGGCCCUCCAAGAGCUUCAGGAUCUUCAUGAGGCAGAAAUUAGGAAACAUAAGGAGGAGUACUCCAGGGAGCUGGAAGAAGAACUGGGGAAACUAAAAGCACAGCAUGAACAUGAGCAAGAGCUGUAUGCUUCUGCAUCGGCCUCUGAAAUAGAAUCUGUGCGGAAAGCUCUUCUGGCUCAGUUUGAGGAGGUAAAAUUGAAGCAGCAGCUUCAGUUCCAGGAGGAGAUUGAGCUGUUGAAGUGUCAGUCAGAAGUGCUGCUGGAACAGCAGAUUGCUCAGCUGAAGGAUGAAUUUGAAGCUGAAAAAAAGGCAUCACUACAUGACAAGGAGCAGAUGUUGAUUCAGGAGAGGGAGAAGGCACAGGCUGCUCACCAAAAGGAGCAAGAGAUGUUAUCAGUCCAGCUGCAGGAAAAGACAGCAAUAAUUAUCCAGCUGGAGAAGAAAGUGGAGUCUUUAAAGCAUGAAAUAGAGGAGACCAACUCUGAACUGGAGACACUCCUUCAGUGGCAGGACAGGGAAAACCAAGAAGGAGGGAAUUUGGUAGCCUUGUUGAGAUCUGAUAUUGAGCAAUCCAAGGAGGAAAGGGAAAAACUGCGUGAAUCUUAUCAGCAGGUUUUGAAGUUGCUUAUGGAACUGGUGAAGGCAACAAUAGCUAUUGAGGACCUUAUCUGUAGCAAGAUUGGUCUUUGUCUUGAUGACAGCCUGGCUUCUGGAGAUUCUAGAGAAGCUCACACUAUUGUGGAAGAAAUGGGAUUUAUGCAAUAUUUCAAAGCCAAAGAAAACCAUCUAGAGAAAGCUUGCUUGUUUUCAGUAGAGGAGCUGCUUGAUGAAACUCUCACAGAACACAACCAGCUGUCUCCAGGGGCUGAUGAGGGGUCUGAGUUGAGCCAAUACUUAUGUGAAAGUGUUUUUGCAAAGCCAGAAUUGGCGUGUGAAAAUGAAGAAAUGAUACUGAAAAUUUGUCAUCGUUUGCGCACUGCGGUGGAGAGACUCCUGGAACUGGUUACAGAGUCAACUAAACAACUGGAGAAAAUGCAUGAAAACCACGCACAGUUUGAAGAGGAGUUCAGCCGCCGAAAUCAGGAGACUGCCCAGGUGGUGAGUCAGCACCAGGAGCUGAUGGAGUGCCUCAGUGAGGAGAGCGAGGCCAAGAACCAGCUGGCACUAGAGCUUCAUAAAGCAGAGGGCAUUAUCGAAGGCUACGUCGCAGAAAAAGCUGCAUUAGAAGAGGCCUUGAACCUGAAAGAGGAAUCUGAGCGUCGCCUUGUUGUGGAGCUGGAAAACAUGCGGGAACGCUUCCAGGAGCUGACCCAGGAGCAAGCAAUUCUUGGUCUACUCAAGGAAGUAGAAUUUUUAUCAAAGGAGAAAUUAGAGCUUCAGUGUCAGGCAGAAAAGGACCAUUCCAACUUACGCUCUCAAAUGAAGGUUUUGGAGGUGGAACUGGAAGAACAGCUGCACAGUAACCAGGACCUGGCUACACAGUUACUGGAGGUUGCUGAAUUAAAACAGCAAAUUCAAGUUCUUGAAAAACAGCUUAAAAACCAGAGACAGUUCAUGGAUGAACAAGCUAUAGAAAGGGAACAUGAACGCGAUGAUUUUCAGCAGGAGAUUCAGAAAUUGGAAGAACAGUUAAAACUGUCAACAAAAUCACAGACUUCAGGACAGCCCAGAGAAUACAGAAACUAUGAAUUGAUUCUACAGGUAGAAUCUUUGCAAGCAGAACUAAAAGAGAAGAUGGAUGAUUACAACAAGCUCUUAUUAGAAAAGGAGCAAAAACACCAGGAAAUUACAGCUCGUGAUAAAGAGAUAGAAAAACUGGUGGCACAGAUCCAAGAGCUGAAGUGCAGCGGUGCUGAGGUCUCCAAGACUGUGCACUCACUGGAACAACAGCUGCAGAAAAUGAAGAAAGUGGAAACUGAACUGAAACAAGAUAAAGAGGCAUUGCAACAGCAGCAGUACAAUAACCUGAUCCAGAUCUCUGCCCUGCAGUCUAAGCUGGAUGAAGCAAGGCACCGAGUGCCAGUGGAUGGCAGUUCUGCCCCUGUGCUGAAGGAGCAGCUACAGGCAGAGCAGGAAGCACUUCAGGCCAAGGAGAGAGAGAUUGCAAGCUUGCUAGACCAACUGGAACAAUAUAAAGAUAACUUGAGCAGCAAAAACGAGGAGAUAUUGCAGCUGAACUUGCAGUUAGAGAUACAAAAGAACCUUAGCACUUCCAGCAUCAACCAGCUCCAGGCAGAGAAUGCACACUUGAAGGAGGAUCUAACAAAACUUCACGUGAAGCAAAGUCAGGACCUGGGUAUUAAUGAUUCCUCAGCUUUGUCAUUCCCACAAGCACUACUUGAAGAAAAGAAUCAAGAAAUCGAUCACUUGAAUGAGCAGAUGAAGAGACUCCAGCUCGAGCUACAGAAUGCUCUGGAGAAUAAAGUUGUGGAAGACCAAAAAUCUGAAAUUGAAGAACUCAAAUCACUGGUCGAGCACCUUCACGUUGACCAGGAGAGGCUGCGUAAGGACAAGGAUGAAGAGGUGGAGCAACUCCAUGGAGUAAUUGAGAAGCUUCAAAAAGAGCUGGCACAGUUUGGACCAGUUUGUCAUGAAGAUAGUGACAACCAAGAUGACUUCUAUCAGGUUGCAUUGGGAAAGCCAGUGGAAAACCUUCAGAAUGAGCUGAAGAAGGGACUGGUGGAUUGUCAGGGUGAUCCUGAUCCAAACAGAAGCAGUGCAUCACUACUCUCCAAAGUGAGAGAACUUCAAGAGGAACUGGAGCUUGUCUCAGCUGCUAGACAAGCUCUGCAGCAGCAACUGGAAGAGAAGGAACUGCAGUUCAAAAUGGAAGUGGAAAUUCUGGAGAAAAAAUGCCAACAGUUGCGAGAGUCAUCGGAGCAGUUUGUUGCAGAGCUGGCCUCUCUGAGGAUCCAGCAUGAGGCACUUCAGGAAGAAUACAGCCUUUCCCAAACACGUUUGUCCCAGAGAGAGGUUGAAACAAAGGUUACUGAAUCUCGAAUUCAAGAACUUGAAGCUACCAUGAGAGAAAAGGAAGCAAAUAUUCUAGAGAAGGAGAUGCAGAUUAAGACGAUGGCGGAUCAAAGAGAAGCUGACAGCACCGAGCUGCAGUAUUUAACAGAAAAGGCAGCAGAGCUCCAAACUGAGUUGGAAAAGAGAGAUGCAAGUCAGGCACAAGAUGUUUAUAGUCUUCAAUUAGAAGUCUCUAGACUGGAUUUCCAGGUGCAAGCACUGAAUCAGAAAGAAGUAGCUUAUCUGAGAGAAAUCAAGGAACUACAAGGUAGCACUGCAAAACUGAAAGAUCAAAUCAAGGCCCACAUGAAAGAGCUUGAAGCCUUACGAUCAGAGAGAGCUGAAGUUUCACAGCUGGAGUCACACCAGCUAAAGGAGCAACUAGGUCACAAAGGGACUACCUUUCUCAAACCAUUCUGCCAGAGAGAAAGAAAAGGAGUAGCCCUUAAAAAGGGAAUGGAGGAAUUAGAAGAACUGGAAGCAAAUAAUGAUCAGUCAUUCCCAGUACUGGCUUCCCCUACUGCUAAACUGGAAAAAGAUGAAGUUAUGUUUGACUUGACAACUCACAGCAGAAAUCCAAAAACUCAGAUUAAGCAAUCACAAGAAAAUAUUUUGCUUCAGGAGUUGGACAUGAUCCACAGCUCUGAAGAGGAUGAAGAUUUGAAAAAGCAUUGCCAGCAAAUGCUGGAAAUUCGUCAAACGCCUGACUCUCCAAAAUACAAUUUGGACAUAGACAAAGACAUUUCAAAAGACUUUCAGAAUUUGGUUGCAAGUAUGUGUUCCUGGGGCUCGCCUGAAAUCAUGAGAAAACAAGAUUCAAGCAUGGAACUUCAACCAGUGCUUCACCUGACGCCCUUGUCAGAAGUUGAAAACAUGGAUUUUGAAAUUAUGCACACAAGGUCAUCCCUGCAAGGAGAUAAUUCUGUAUCACUGGGAUAUUCUAGGCUGGCUGACAAUGGCAGUGGGGAUGCAGUGGUGGGAGUAGACAGAAAAUCUCCAGCUUUCUCUGAAAGCACCUAUUCUGUUGAUGACGAAGAUAUGCAGAAGAAGAUUUUGCAGAUGGGAGAGGCUGAUAACCUCACUUUAACCCCUUCUGAUUUACAAGAUGAUGUAAGAUCAAGAGCAUCUGUGAUGAGCAGUGGAUGUGGCAGCAAUACCAGCUCAAAUUUGGCAGCUAAACUAAAGCAGGAGCUCCAAACAUCAGACCACCUGGAUGCCAGUGUCAUGGCUUAUCUGCGGUACCGGGGAGUGUUCCCAGAUAUUAUGGAAUCAGUGAAAGAGAAGGAAGUACUUUCACCACAGCUGAAGGCUGUGCUGAAGAUGGUGUACGAGGAGAGCCGCAAAAUAUUGGCUUUGUCAGAACAUCCCUUUGGUUUCAGGGAGCUGAAGAACGUUCCUCAGACCCAAGCAGCGGUGGAGGGCUGGCGGAAGGAGGGCUUAGCCCUGCUGGAUGCUAUCCAGUCCCUGAGGGAUUACCUUGGCAAGGUGGCAGAGAGAGGAGACAAGGAAACUUCAGCUGUUGCUGCUGACUGGAGAGGAGAACUUCUGCAAGCAGUACAGAGCGUGUUUGAGAAGGAGAGAAGUGUGUUGCAAAUUGACUUGAAGUCUCACUUCUCCAAUCCUGCAUCUGGUGAUGCAGGUUCAUUAGUGGAAAAACUGGAGUAUAUAAUGAAACAGCAAGAGGAGCAGAGGCAGAUGGUUGUAGAGCACCUUUUCUCCUCAGACCGGAACAGCUUGCUCUCAGAAAUCCAGGACCUCCGAGCUCAGCUCCGCAUGACACACCUGCAGAACCAGGAGAAGCUCCAGCAGCUACAGGAAACUCUUACCAAUGCAGAAGAUCACGGGAACAAACAGGAACACCACCUUCGGAGGAAAGUUGAAUUAUUGGAAUAUAAGCUUCAGCAGGAAAAAUCUAUUGUAAGUGACUUGCAGAGCACUCUCUCUGAAGAGCAGAAAAGAGCCUCUGGAACAUGUGAUGUCCUAAACCAAGAAAAAGCAGCCCUGAAAUCAGCACUUCAUGAAAGUAAGCAAGAGAACGAAAGGUUGCAGAAAUCCCUGGAAGAGCUUCAGAGGGAAAUAAAUCAGUUACGUUCGGAAUUGGAAAAGAAAGGAAAGGAUUUGGCAGCUGCACUUGGAGACUUGCAGGCUGAACAGCUGAAGGAAUCUGAGCUCCGAGGUUGGUUUGAGGAACAACAGCGUCAGCAGAGGAAAGCAGAGGAUGAAAAGACAAAGGCUCUGGAGGAGCUGCAGGCUGCCCUGGAUGUGCAGUCGGUGCAGAAUCGGCAGCUGGUCGUGUCCUUGGAGCACGAGAAAACAGUGACUGACAAUCUCCGCAAGGAGCUGCAGAUCGAGCACUCCCGCUGCGAAGCGCUGCUGUCCCAGGAACAGACCAAACUCCGGGAGCUACAGAAAAACUUGGAUGCUGAGAAGAACCGUUCGUUGGAGCUCCUGGAUUCCUUGAACCACGAACGUGUUUUGACAGAGCAGUUGAGCAUGAGAGUGAAAGAAGGUGCUUCCUGUCAGCACAGGGAGCUGCUGCUGGAACAAGCCUUCGUCCAAGAGCUCCAAGCCCAGCUGGAAGAAGAGAGGUCCCGGACUGUGGAGCUAGCUGCUGUUAUUGAGAAGAUGCACCAGAAGGCCAUUCAGUCCAAAAGGCAGCUGGAGGCUGAGGUACAGAUGUGCUGUGAGGAAACCCAGAAGGAGAGGGAGGUCAGUGACAAACUGCGAGCCACGCUGGAGUCUCUUCAGGCUCAAAAGCAAGAGGUGAUCCGUUCCUUGGAGGCCCAGAAGGAAAGAGAGUCCAAGAUGAAAGCUGACUGGGAACAACUGCAGUCACUCUUCAAGAUGCUGAAAGAGCAAGAUAAGCAUAAGAAAGAGGAGAGGGAGUGGAGACAGCAGCAACAGACAGAGCUAGAGAAACAGAAGGACUGGCAGAGAGAUCGGGAGAGAAUGCAAAACUUGGAACGGCAGCACCAGAGGGAUGAACAAAGAAUUAAAGAACUGCAGGAAAUGCUGGCAGUAUUAGAAGAAAGAGAAAGAAAUCCUCCAACUCCAAACCAUCAGCAAGAGCUGUUGUGUACCUCAAACAAAGAUGGGAAUGCCAGACAGACUGUGACAAAAGAAACUGAAAAACCCCAUUUGCAGCAGCAGCAACAGCUGGAGAAGAUAAGACAGCAGUUGCUCUUUGUAGCUGUGCACCUGAACGAGUUCAUCUAUAAAACUCUAGAUAAAACGGUUCACGAUUGGUCUGCAUCAAAUGAUGAAGCUGUGGCCUCUUUACUACAGACAUUAAGGGAACUAAAAUCAGAUUUAUUGUCUCCUGCAUCUCAGAUCAGAUCUACAGGUGAUGGUGAGUCUGUUCAAGAGCUGGAAAGAGAGGCUUGGCAGCGAGAGAGGAACGUGUUGCAGAACGCACUGAAACAGGCUGAAUCCCAACUGGCAAAAGCAAAUGCUGAAAUUGAAAACAAGCCAGUGGUAGAAACUUCCAAUCCUAAGUUGCAGAGAUUAUACAGGAAGUACAUUCGAGCAGAGAGCUUUAGAAAGGCUCUGGUUUAUCAGAAGAAAUACCUCUUGCUGCUUCUGGGUGGCUUUCAGGACUGUGAGCAGGCAACCCUCUCUCUCAUCGCCCGGAUGGGGAUCUACCCCUCGCCUGCAGACCUGCAGCUCUCCGGGUCCCGGCCCCGGCCUUUCACCAAGUUCAGGUGUGCGGUCAGGGCCAUCAUCGCCAUAUCAAGGUUAAAGUUUUUGGUGAAAAAGUGGAACAAAGUCGGCAGGAAGAGCACACAUGGUGAAAGCAUUUCUCACAGUGUAGGAGGUAACACAGCCUCUGGUGCUAGAACAGAAGUUCUGAAAGAGCAGCAGCCCCUGGCUGCUCCCAUCAGCUCUCCCCCUACCCGGGACAGGGACAUGGGGCUGUGCCACAGAACCAGCGCUGCAAGAUUUGGGAGCCUCUCCCCGCGAUCCUCUUCCCGCUCGCACAACAGAUUGCAUCCGUCCCCAAGUUCAGCUUCAGAAAAGUCACUUGUGCCACCUCACGAUCCCGAACGAUCGCUCACAGAAUACAUCCAUCGCUUGGAGGUUAUCCAGCAAAGACUGGGGGGGAUGCAGCCAGGACAAGUGCCAGGCUCACCUCGUCAGAGAAGCAUGAAGAAGUGAUGGGAAUGCUUAUGAAAUCUGUCCUGUGAGUUACUGCUUCCUUCUGAGCUGGUCCUUACUGAACAGAGGCACUUGCAAUCAAUCUCCUGUGCAACUGAAUAAAGGGCAGUGCUUUUACAGCAGAUUUUUAUAUGACUCUUUUUAUUAUUUUUUAGUACUUAAGAGGGACUUACUUUUCUCUAAGAAUGAUGUUUUACAUUCUCAUGUAAAAUUACUCUAAGUUAACAGCUGAAGUGUGACUGCAUCACUGUAUUGUAAGCUGCAAAAAGUCUCUGUGGUGUUUAUUUUUCUAGAGUGUAUAGAUGGAUUCCUUGUAAAAAAAGUUAUUAAAAUGGCAUUUCAUUAGUGAAUUCUUA